UCUCAGUCUACUUGGAUGCAGGCAGCAUAUGAUUCAUGUUCCCAGCUAGUAAUAAAAGUCUCUCCUUUUUGUCGCCGCCUCGGCUCCUCGCCUUCGCCGGUCGCCGCCCGCCUCUCCUUCUCCGGCCAGUCCAGCCGCCGCCGCCGCCUCCUCCGGCCGCCGUCCCGCCACCUAGGGAUUUCUUCUUCAGCUGCACCGCGAAGAAACAUGGAUAAGCUCGAUGGCUCUGCCCGUCUUAUGAUAGUUUCCGAUCUUGACCAGACAAUGAUUGAUCACAAUGAUCCGAAGAACUUGUCCUUGCUUAGGUUCCAGGCGCUAUGGGAGUCCGAGUUCUCCCAAGAUUCUCUACUGGUCUUCUCGACUGGAAGAUCACCUAUCAGUUACAGGGGUUUGAGAACACAGAAGCCUUUGAUCACUCCAGACAUCACUAUCAUGUCUGUGGGCACUGUGAUAGCAUAUGGUGAAGAGAUGAUUCAUGAUGUUGGCUGGGCUGAAUUCCUUAGCAACAAAUGGGAUAGGGAUAUCGUUGUCGAGGAGACAGCUAAGUUCCCUAAGCUGAAGCCUCAGCCAGAGAGGAGUCAGGGUCCUCAUAAGGUUAGCUUUUUUGUCGACAAGGAGGGUGCUCGGGAAGUUAUGGAUUCUCUCCCUGAGACGUUAAAUCGGCGUGGGCUAGAUGUUAAAAUAAUCUUCAGUAGUGGUGAGGCCCUUGAUGUAUUACCACAAGGUGCAGGAAAAGGCCAGGCUCUUCUAUAUUUGCUGAAAAAGUUCAAUUCAGAUGGGAAACCACCAAACAGUACUCUUGUUUGUGGUGACUCUGGCAAUGAUGCAGAAUUAUUCAGUGUCCCAUCUGUUCAUGGUGUCAUGGUCAGCAAUGCCCAAGAGGAGCUGCUUCAGUGGUAUGAAGAAAAUGCCAGGGGCAAUCCUAUGAUGAUUCAUGCAACCGAGAGGUGUGCUGCUGGCAUCAUGCAAGCUAUUGGACACUUCAAUUUAGGACCUAACGUUUCCCCAAGAGAUCUUGAAUUCCCUUACCCGAAGUUAGACGCCAUCAAACCUGCAGAUGUUGUGGUGAAGUUUUAUGUUCUCUAUGAAAAAUGGCGGCAGGGUGAGGUUCAAAAGGCCCCAUUCAUUAUCCAGUAUUUGAAAAGGAUUACUCAUCCUAAUGGAACAACUAUUCAUCCUUCUGGAAGGGAGUGUUCACUUCAUGCAUCCAUUGAUGCACUGAGUUCAUGUUAUGCUGAUAAACAAGGCAAGAAGUUCCGAGUAUGGGUGGAUAGAAUUGUCGCUUCAUCAAUCGGUACAAUUAAUUGGCUGGUGAGGUUUGACAAGUGGGAAAUGGAAGGCAAUGUUCGGUAUUGCUGCCUCACAACUCUUCUGCUGACUAUGAAGCCUGAGACUGAAGAUGGCUUCGAGAUUACACACAUCCACAAGACCUGGCUUGAAGGAUACUCUGCAGGAAAUGAGCAUGCAUGCAUCCUGUAGGCCAUUUAAAUACAUGCAACUUACACAGAAACAUGAGGAAAUUUUCAUCAGGAGUCAAGAUAGAAUAACAAGUGUACUCACUGUUGCGUGGAUUUGAUCCCAAAUACUCGUAGUGUUAUACUGGGGUACUCACAAAUGGAUUGAUGCUCUUGCUGAUUCAUGUACAGUUCAUGAAAUUAAGCAAAUAAACUCACUGUACCAGAAAUUUUCUCGAUGUACAUGGAUCUUGAUACUUUCUUAAAGCUCAUUUUAAGGUUGUCAUUU